GAACGUUUAGAAAUGUAGAGCUGACAAUUUCAGAAAUCCUUUUUCACUCAGGUUUCACUCAACUCUGCAGAAAUAUGAAGAAAACAUUUUUAUUCUUGUGUUUAUUUUUAUUUUCGAAUGGUGUGGCAGAGAUCAGUGAUGCAGAUAAAGUGAAAUCGGCGUCAGUAAAUGAAGGAGAUUCUCUUACCCUACACACGGAUGCUGAACUGCAGAACGAUGAUCAGAUAUUUUGGUGGUUUUUAAAUAAGGACAUCCUCUUACUUCAAUUCCAUAAACUGACCAAUAGAACCUCAUUAUAUGACAGCGCUGAUGGGACAUUCAGAGACAGACUGCAUCUAAACCAUAAAACUGGAGAUUUGACCAUCACAAACAUCAAAGCUGAACACACUGGACUUUAUCAAGUAGAGAUUAUCAACCAAAAACCUUCAUAUAAAAGAUUCAAUGUUACUGUCCAUGGUGUGGCAGGGAUCAGUGAUGCAGGUGAAGUGAAAUCGGCGUCAGUAAAUGAAGGAGAUUCUCUUACCCUACACACGGAUGCUGAACUGCAGAACGAUGAUCAGAUAUUUUGGCAAAUUUUAAAUAAGGACAUCCUCUUACUUGAAUUCCAUAAACUGACCAAUAGAACCUCAUUAUAUCACAGCGAUGAUGUGAGAUUCAGAGACAGACUGCAUCUAAACCAUAAAACUGGAGAUCUGACCAUCACAAACAUCAAAGCUGAACACACUGGACUUUAUCAAGUAGAGAUUAUCAACCAAAAACAAUCAUUUAAAAGAUUCAUUGUUACUGUCCAUGGUGUGUUUAAUGAAGAACCAAAGUCUGUAGAUGUGACUCUGUCAGUGAUGGAAGGAGAAGCUGUGACUCUUGAAUCUGGGGUUAUUGAAAUACAGAGAAAUGAUCGAACAUUUUGGAUGUUUGAAGAGACUUGCAUAGCUGAGAUGAAUAAAGAGACGGGCAAAAUGUCAUUAUGUGAUAAAGAAAUUUUUCGAGACAAGCUACUUCUGAACACUCAGAAUGGAGAUCUCACCAUCACAAACAUCAGAAAUAAAAACGCUGGAGUUUAUCAACUAAAUAUUAUUAACAGUGAGAUUUUAUCCAAGACAUUCAUGGUUACUGUCAAUGAAAAUGUUCCACAACCACUUCAAAUAGCACUACUAGCACCUUCUGUCGUUGCGCUCAUAAUCGCUGCAGUGGUUAUCAUUUUAACCAACCUCAGAUUCUUCCAACUGAUGAGGCGCAACAGAUUCUAACCAAUGGCAGAGGCGUAACUUUGUUCUGAAAAGUGGUGGGGACUAAAGUCAAUCGAACAAAUUAUGCAUUAUCUAGAAACAUUAAUUUAUUUUAUGAUUUAUAAUGUUAUAACUAUGUUUGUAAUUAUUUUAUUUAUAUAAAUAAUUAACAGAAACUAUAUUUGUUCCAUUAUAUUGGCACUCUUGGUAAGUAUGACCAAAAAAGCUUAUUUUAUUUUACCUUUUGAUCUUUUGCUCAAAAAAUAUAUAUAAAAAACUCUGCUCUUAUUGUAAACAAACUACUGCAAACACAACAAAGCUUUGUUUAAUACACACUAUUUUGCCAAAAGUUUUUUAUAUGCACAUGAACCUGAAUGACAUCCCAUUCUUAAUCCAUUGGGUUUGAUAUGGAGUUGGCCCUGCAUCCUUUGCAGCUAUAACACUCUUCAACUCUUUUUGGAAGACUUUCUACAAGGUUUAGGAGUGUGUUUAUGGGAAUUUUUGAUCAUUCUUCUAAAAGCAUUUGUAUGGUCAGACACUGAUGUUGGACAAGAUGGCCUUGCUUGUAGUCUCGCUCUAAUUCAUCCCAAAGAUAUUUUAUUGGGUUGAGGUCAGGACUCCACCAAACUCACUCAUCCAUGUCUUUGUGGACCUUGCUUUGUGCACUAGUGCACAGUCAUGUUGGAACAGGAAGGGCCCAUCCCCAAACUGUUCCCACAAAGUUGGAAGCAUGAAAUUGUCCAAAAUGUUUUGGUAUGAUGAAGCAUUAAGAGUUCCUUUCACUUGAAAUGAUUGGAACACAUGAAUUCAAUGAUAUGGAGGGGUGUCCCAAAACUUUUGGCAAUAUAGUGUAUCUUGCCAUAGUGCCAACCUGUUGCCUCUGGUGAAAAAUGGUCUGGUCAUAACAUUUCACAUUAUGUGGACUGCAAAAAAUAUGUAACACCAACAGAGGGCAACAGUAACUGCUGAAAAGACAGACAAACUUUGAUCCCAAGAAAUUGUCACAUCAUUCACAACAUCCAGCAUAGAAUAGUCUAAGUUAGAAGUACAGUUCAAAUUUGUUGUGUAAUAUAUACAGUACAUGUGUGUAACUAUACUCUUUAUAAAUGUGCUUUGUGUUUUAAUGUAUUAGUUUAUUUAAGUGUUAGGGUGUCUGAUACCAAAAAUUGUGCAUGUUCUUAACUACACUGUCAGAUGAAAUUGUCAAAAAAAAUAGUAGUCCCUGACUUUCAUUGGGAUGGUUCCAAAUAUAUAAAUGGUACGUAUUAGGACUUUUUUUAAAGUACUGUCCCAGUUACAGCUUUUUUAGCAUGUUUUGACCAUUUUCUCUGACAGAAUUGAUUGUUCUCAGUAAACCAUUAGUACUUUUUUAAAUUAAAAUGAACAGUUUAAUCACAAUAAAACAAAUCUGGAAAUCUAAGAAAAAUCAUUUAGACACCUUCAGUGGUGUGUUGUUGAUUAUCAAAAAAAAUUAUUUAUACCUGUUGUUUACUAAAUUGUUUGUAAAAAAUUUACAGCUAUAUACCUCUACAAUAAAGUUUGUGGGUGUUAAAAAGUUUAAAAGUAGCAUGCUUUGAGUAGAGCAUUUUGUAGAGAAACUUGUAAACUUGAAUGUAAAUUCUUAAAUUAAGAUUAUUUUUCUUAAUGAGCAAAUAUGUACCAUUUAGGUACAGAUUGGAACUUUUUAAAAGGUAACGUUACCGCCCCAAAUUUUGAAAGUAGA